GUCUCCUUCUACUAGAACAUCCGCUCGCUUUUCCUCCUCGCUCUAUUUCGAUUCGUCUGGCUGCUGGCAGUCCUUUUUACCUUUCCUUUAGAUCUGGCUCGUCCUCAGACAGUUAAUCAUGGGUCUCGGCGUCUUGAAUGAUCUGCAUAUGGCCUCGCCGCCGGGAACAUACACCAUUGGUGCAGAGAACAGUGAGCAGGCGAACGACAGCUCGCUCAAGCGCGACGGUGAUAUUAUCCUUCAACCACAACCUUCAGACAACCCGAACGAUCCGCUCAACUGGUCCCGAGCAUGGAAGGAGAGUAUCAUACUCAUUCUGGCUUUCGCUUCUGGAGUAACUACUGCACUUGGCCCGAUGGUUACGCCAGGUCUCCAAGUCAUCGUCGCAGACUACAAAGUCUCUAUCGACCUGGCGUCGAGUCUGAUCAUUGGCUUCUUUGCGUUUUGGGUUGGCGCCACUACUUUCUUCACGGCCUCCGGAGCGAACAUCUGGGGAAAACGACCUUUUUUGUUCAUCUCGUCAGUGAUCCUUUUCUUGACCUGCAUCUGGGGCCAGAUGAUCGGUGCGGUGCAUUCGUUCCCGCAACUCGCUGCCAUGAGAAUCAUCCAGGGUAUGGCUUCGGCACCGCUCGAAACGCUUGUCACGUCGACCGUAUCCGAUCUCUUCUUCGUCCACCAACGAGGCACUCGCCUUUCCAUAUGGGGUAUGAUGCUGGCUUCUGGCGUUCUCCUUGGCCAGACAAUUUCCGGCGCCAUCAUCCAAAACCUGAGCUUUGAAUCCACCUUUGGCAUUACUGCGAUCAUGUACAUCCUGAUCAUGGUCGGUCUCUACUUCGUUGUUGUGGAAACUACGUACAACGGCCCUCGCAACGGCGAAUCCAAGAUACAAAUCGAAGAGAAAGGUUCCUUCUUCGAGAUCGGCACUUCGGAGAAAGAGUCCUACCGUGACAGACUCCGUCUCUUCCGGGGGCGCCUAUCCCCCGAGUCUUUUUGGAAAGGCGUCUGGAAACCCGUUCCUCUCAUCGCCUAUCCCGCCGUACUUUUCUCCACAGUUGUCUACGGAACCUACUUCACUUUCCUCCUCACCAUCUCCGUCCUCGCCGUCACCGCGCUCUCCCUUCCCCCUUACAACCUCAACCCCGCCCAAAUAGGCCUUACAAACCUCCCUCUCCUCCUCGUCGGCUUCAUCGGAUCACCCAUCUCGGGUUGGAUGGCCGACUGGGCUGCGAAAGCCAUGGCGCGUCGUAACAACGGUGUCUUUGAGCCUGAAUUCCGCCUUGUGCUCAUGCUCGUCGCCGUCCCCUUCGCAACAGUAGGCUUCGUUGGUUUCGGGUACUCCCUCCACAACGCCGCGUCCAUCUAUCAGGUCAUGGCCUUCUUCUCCAUCUACAGCUUCUCCGUGCCAUUCGCAUCGCAGGCGUCUCUCACGUACGUGAUUGACUGCCACCCCAAGGAUGCUAAUCAGGCGUUUGUCACGAUCAACUUCACAAAAGCCAUCUUCACGUUCCUGGCGACGACGUAUGCGAAUGGCUGGAUGAUGCAGGUAGGACCGAAGACGGUGUUUGUGGCGUUGGCGAUGAUUAAUCUGGCGGUUUGCGCGCUGACGAUUCCGGCGUAUAUGUUUGGAAAGAGAUUUAGGAGCAUGGUCGCGCGGAGCAGCUUUGGUCAGAAGAUGUCUGGAUGAGUCUGUGAUACGAUCCUUGAAGAAGGGUCCAUGGAAAGCAUGCACACGAGGGUACACAAUGAUGAGUGUGGA